UCAUUAUUUAUGUAUUAUAUUAGUCCGAAUAUACUGACACGCGUAAAAAAUAGUAUAGUCUCAUUAUAGCAUUUGACAAUUGAUGUUUUAUUUCAGUUUUAAAUAUUUUUUUAGAUUAUCAUAGAUUGUGUACAGGUUUUGAAAUGCUAUGCUUCUACGUACGUAAAGCGUAAAUGCUUGUAUCAACGUAAUAUGAAAAUCAAACUAUUGAUAUAUUAAAAAAUUUUAGGUAACUUUCAUGCCUCUGUAAAAAAAAAUUCUAUCAACUAUUAAAAUAUUAUCGAAAAGAACAGAAUUGUUAAUAAAAUGACAGAAAAACGUCAUGAAAUUAAAAUGGAUAACAGGUGUCGUAUUUGUUUAAAUGACAGUAACGGUAUGAUAGAUAUCUUUAUACCUGAAAUAUUGAUGAAAUUAAAAGAAUUAACAGCGUCAAUAUCUAUUAUCAUUGAAGACAAUGAUAAUUUACCAAAAAACAUUUGUCACAUUUGUCUCUAUAAAUUAGAUAUGUGCCAUGAGUUUAAACAACAAUUAUUAAAUUCAAAUAAAUUGUUAAUGGAUCUAUUAAAGCGUCGUGAUUUGUCUAAUGUUGAGCAAAACACUGUUGUAAUCAAUAUGAAUGACGGUGAAGACCUUAUAAGUGAUUAUGACAUAACACAAUUGGACAAUGCAUCACCACAAAUCGAUUGCCAAUUACUUGAAGCAUCUACAUCUGCGGUUAUAAAUAAUGAAAACUUUAAAAACGAGAGUCAGUCAAUAUUCGCAUCGACAAUGAUGAAAAAUAAAGUAGGAAAUACCUCUGAAGGACAACAAACUAAAUUGUCACCGAUGAAAACUCGACAGCUCGGAGUACGACGUACUAAUGAACAACGAAUGGCAUCAACUCAACGUUGGGUAGCUCGAAAGCGAGCAUUAUUAGCUGCUACUGGUGAAAAUGAUUCGGAUACAGACUCUGUAAAUUCUGAUGCAACGUUAAAAUUAUUGCCGUUAAAAAAACCGCGUAAAUCUCUUCAUUACAUUGACAAUGAAAAUAAUCAGUUUAAAUCGCAAUCUGUGCAGUCUGAAUUAGUAAUGGGUGAUGCUAUAUUUGUUGUAACAUCAACAUUAUGCUUAUCUGAAUCACCAUAUUUUAAUCAGUUUUCCAAUAAUAUUAAACUAUCGUUAAAUCGUAAAAAUAAUAUUGUAACUCAUGAACAACAAAACAUGGACAUAAUAAAUGCUCUGCAACUUCGUCGCAUUAACUCAUCUAAUAAAGAUUUAAUGUAUGAUAGAAAAUUUUUAGAGCGAUGUUUGAAUAUUGAAGUUGAAGGUACUGAAUUAGAAACACUACAACGUGUACAGUUUGAACUAGCAUCAUUCAUCGAAAGUGAUAUAAAAAAAAAAUUGAUUGAUGAAAAUGAUCUUUGUGAAAGUACUGAUAAAACAGAUAUUAAACUACAAAAUUCACUUCAAUCUUUAGAACAACAGUUGAAAAUAAUCAUUGAGAAAGCUAUUAAAAAAAAUUUAUAUAGAUCUCAAGGAAUUAAAUGUGGGACAAUAAAUCAAACUACUGAAUUUCAUAGCAAUAAAACGUUUCCUGCUGCAUUUAUUAAAGCUGCUAUGAAUUCACAAAUUUUCCAACCAAAAGUUGUCUUGAAUCGGCUUGACUUAAAAUUUAACACUUUUGAAGAAAACAAUAAAAAUAUGUACAAGUUAUCAAAACAACCGUUAACAGAUUUUAGUUCCUCCGAAAAUCAAGUAUCAAAUAAUAAGAGUAAUGACCGUAACUAUGAAACCAACACUGAAAUAUUAAAAACUUACAACAGAAGUAUAAAAAAAUUGGAAAGACAUAGUAGUGAAGUAAUUAAUCUACAUAACGAUAAUUUAUUCGAAAAAAGACAUAUUUGUGGAGCUUGUGGUAUGUCAUUUAAUAGUAAAUUACAAGUAGAAGAGCAUUUUAUUGUUCAUAAUAAAAAACAAAUGCUUUUACAAAAAUCUAAGAAAAAAAUGAUGCGGUGUAAAAAAUGUCAUCAAAUUGUAGAAGCUGAUUUUGUUAAAACGCACAUUUGUGAAUCAUUACUAUCUAAACAUUAUUUCAAAUGUCAUAAAUGUAAGACUGUAUUUCUUACUAAAGACUUAUUGUUAAAGCACCAAAAAGUUCAUCAAAUUAAUUCAAAAGGUAUGAAUGUUUUGAAUGCGGCAUCAAAAAGUCCUUAUUCAUGCUUUAUUUGUGACAAAAAAUUUACAGAUGAUGACUUAUUAAAGGAACAUUUACAAAAUCAUUGUGAUGACGUCAGUGAAGAACAUAAUACCAUUGGUAAUGAUGAAAAAAUGUAUCAAUGUGCUAUUUGUGGUCAUGCGUUAGAUACAGAAGAUAAACUAGAAAAUCACGUUGAACAACAUUUAUUUGAUGAUGCAGAUGAUAAUCCAAGUUUGAUAACUAUAGAUCAAACUAGUAACACAAAAAAUUCAAAUAAAAUUCAACCUGAUUUAAUACAUUCAUGUUUUCAGUGUGAUCAAAAGUUUGAUACAAAUGUAAAAUUAGCGUUGCAUAUGCAAGUACACGAGGAAGAAGAGGCAAUUAUUAAAUGGCAACAGGAUGGUUUUCAAAUGCAAAAUAAUUAUUAUAGAUGCACUAUUUGUGACAAUCCUUUCCAUAAUAAACAAGAGCUAGAUGAUCAUUUAAAUCUUCACAAUAAUGCUUCCUGUACUUGUAUACUAUGUGAUCGACCUUUUCUGACUUUGGCUGAACUCCAAAAUCAUGUUGAUACUCACUAAUUUUGUAAGACUUUAUUUAUAUAAAAACUACUGUUAUUUUAGUAUACUAUUUCAUACUUAACUGAUUAAUCAAUGUAUAGUAUGUUACUGUUUUGUUGACACUGAAAAUAAAAUGUUAAUCAAAAAUUAA